CUGCGCCUGCGCGCCCCUAGCUCCGGCCGCCCGCCGCUCCCUGAGUCUCCCCGACGCCCCGCCCCAGGCCGGGCGCGGGGAAAAGGGCGGAAAGGAAGCGCGGCGGACGCGCCACGCCUCUCGUGGAGCGAGCCUACGCCCUCCCCCAAUCAACGCUACCCGUCGUCCGCUCGCGACCUCUCAUUGGCCUGCUCUUGCCAGGAGGCGGGGGGAAGGGGCAGGGCGUCUGGCGGACGUCCAGCCAAUCGCCGGGCCCACCGCGCGCGCCCCUGGUUGCCCCUGGAAACUUAACAGCCUGCAGCCGGGGUCCGCGGCGCCGGCCCCGCGGGAGGGAGAUGGACGACCGCUCCGACCACCCUGGGGACCCCGAGAAGGAAGAUGGAGCUGUGGAGAGCCUGGCUUCACGGCUGUCCGGAACCAAAACCAGCUCUGGCCCCCAGUCCCCGGCCGAACCUGCGGAGCCGGAGCCGGAGGCCGUAGAGGCUUCAGAGGAAGGCGCCGAGCCGGCCGAGUCCCAGGAACGGCCGGCAGCCACCGAGGUUGCUGGCGAGAAGGGGCCCGGAGAGCCGGAGUGGCCGGCCGAGGCCGAGCCAGGGGACCUGGCGGAGGCCGGGCCUGAGGAGCCAGCCAAGCCGGAGCCCGAAGGCGGCCCCGAGGAACCAGAGAAGGAGGUGCGGGAGUUGAAGGAGGAGUGGGAGGACAAGGAGGAGGAGGAGGCGGAGGUGGCGCCAGAGCCGAGGAGGAAGAAAAUCCCGUCGCAGGUCUCUCUGCAGCAGGCCACGGCCGGCAAGGAAGAGGCUGCGCCAGACGGAGAGGCUGAGCGCGAAGGACAGCUGGCGGAGGAAGGAGGAGAGAGCGAGGAGAGCGAGAAGCAGCUUGUGCAAGGAGGCCGGGCGAAAACCGAGGACGAGCUGGGGGAUUUGGACGAGGGACUCGAGCUUGAGAGUUACGACUGGACUGAGGAGGUGCAGAAGCCGCAGGAGCAGCAGCUGCGCGCCGAGCUCCUGGGACAGUUCCGCUCCCUGACGGCGGAGCGGAACCGCUACCAGCGCUACAGCAUCGACCUGCAGCACAGGAUCUUCGAGGCGCUGCGCAAGAAGGGCCUGGAUGCAGCCGAGGCGCCCGAGAAGGGCCUGGAUGCAGCCGAGGCCCCCGACAAAGAGCAAGCAUACCUACACCAUCUGGCCAUGCUGGAGGAUCUGAGGAAGCAGGAGUCAGAUGACCUGCGCUGGUACCACCGCGAGCUGGACCAGCUGAAGCAGCAGUGCAAAGAGAAGCUCUCCCGGGUGGAGAAGGAAUGGCGACGCUUGCAGGCACUCAAGAAGCAGGUGGUGAUGCAGGCCAUGGGCAGCUGUCGGAUGAGGGGUGGUCGCCAGGCUGCCCUGCGAGAGGUGGAGCAGAUCCAGGCAUUGGAGAAUAAGAAGGAGAAGGAGAUAAGCGCUGUGAGGCUAGAGAACGUGCAGCUGAAGCAGAGUUUGGUGCAUUUUGAAAACAGGAUGAGGGCCCAGGAGGACCUGACAGAGGGCCUGCUCCUGAUAGAUUUUGAACAGCUUAAGAUUGAGAACCAGACCUUCAAUGAGAAAGUCGAGGAACGAAAUGAGGAGCUUUUGAAACUGCGCAGCAAGGUGACCAACAACGUGCAAGUAAUAACCCAUGUGAAGGAAAAGUUACACUUUGUGGACAUAGAAAAUGCGUGUAAAAAGUCAGAGCUUAUGGAGAUUGAGGCUCAGGUGGCCCUAAAGAGGGACAUCUUGACCAAGACUAAGCAAGCCCGAGACAGCCUGCGGAUUGACAACAUCAAGCUGAAUCAGAAGUGCGGGCUUCUGGGCAAGGAAGCACUCCUUCGGGACAUGGAAGAGAAGGCGGACAGGACUGAAGAGCUCAGCCAGCGCCUGGAAGCCCUGAAGCACCAUCACGCUGGGCUUAUUCUGUCCUGCAGAGGCGUGAAGCAGAAGAUCAGGGAGGCCGAAGCCUUUCUGCCUUCUUGACGGGAAGAGUCAGCAGAGCGUCUUCAAUCUCAGCAAACUUCAUCCUUCAUUAACUCUUAUUCUCCAUUUCUUGCCAUUCUUCAAAAGGCCUAUGAUGUCUGGGAUGGAAUUGUGUUUUGUAUUCUUAAUUUUUCAGCUUCCCAAUUAGUGCUGCACACAAAACUGAGUUAGUACUCAGUUCAUACAGGGUUAAGUAAAACAGGUACAGAGGAACAAACAGGGAUGACCUACUCCUCAUAAAAAGCUGUCAAGAGCCCUUUUAUAUCUGAGCCAUUCCAUAAUUUCAGUGUCCCGACACUGAGGAGAGCUGUUCUUCCUCCAUGUGUGAGAGGGUUCGACAAGUUGGCAGGGGGCCAACAGCGUUCCUGUGCAUGAAGCUCAGCGUGAA